AUGGGUUUAGUGCCAUCAGUAACAUCGAAUUCAAUGGCACUGUCGUUACCAUCUGCAGUCGUUAGUUCGGAUUCGAGAGAUGACAUAGUGCAAUGGUUCCAUUAUGAACGAUGCACUCUGUCGGAGUUUUAUCCGACGUUUGCGAUCGCGAAUUUAAUGCAAAUGCUGCGAGAUGACUCGUUGCAUCAUCUGCACCGUCAGAUCAUUCAAGCGCUCCUCACCAUUUUCAGUAAUCUCGGACCGAAAUCGUCGCAGUACGUUGACAAGGUCGUACCAAAAUUAAUCGACGUCACUCAACACGUGUCUCGACCAGACGUUCGUCAAUUCUUCCUGCAGCAGUUGGCGAGUCUUAUUUCAACGAUUGGCGUCAGUAUGAAGCCGUACAUGGGGAAGUUAUUCGGUCUUGUUGCGGUUCGUUUCAGCUUUAUAUCAGAUACAUAA